AUGGAGUUGGCCACAGGGUCAUGGAGCAGUGGUGUUCUGGUGUCUAUUGUGGACACCACCUUUACACUAAGGCUACCUUACCGAGGCAGAAAUAGCACUGCACAUUUCUUUUGUGAGGCCCCUGCACUGUUGGUCCUGGCAUCCACAGACACCCACACUACACAGAUGGCCAUUUUCCUUGUGGGGGUGGUGAUCCUCCUCAUACCUCUUUCUCUAAUUUUGGUAUCAUAUGGCCACAUUAUAGUGACUGUGAUCAGGAUGAAGUCAGCUGCUGGGAGGCUCAAGGCAUUCUCAACCUGUGGCUCCCACCUCCUGGUGGUCAUCCUUUUUUAUGGGUCAGCAAUUAUCACCUACAUGACACCAAAGUCUUCCAAAGAGCUGGAAAAAUUAGUAUCUGUAUUCUAUUCAGUGGUGACCCCCAUGCUUAACCCUCUUAUCUAUAGCCUGAGGAACAAGGAUGUGAAGGGAGCUCUGAGAAAAGUAGCUACAAAGAAUUUCCCCUGUAGACUUGGGAUCUACCACUGA